AUGGCUCGACGUAUUCCUCUCCACAGCCUCUUGAAGGAUCCAGCAGACCUUAUAACCUCUGUGUUCUCUGCAUUUAUCUCCGCAGGUGUCUCCGGGGCAGAAGUUUUUUUACGUGACCAACGACUACCCAAACGAUUGUUUUACAGUGAUGUCACUAUGGGCGCUCGGCGUAAAGAAGGACAAAAUAGGUGUUACAAAGACACUCUGAAGAACUUUCUCAAGCGUCUUCAAAUCAACAUGGCGACCUGCGAGGAACUCGCACAGGACCGAUCUGCUUGUCGAAGAACUGUGAAUACAGAUGCAGCUAUCUGCGGAGCCAGUCGGAUCACCGUCGACUUCAAUGUUCGCCUCGAAUCCUUGGAGGAGGCGGAUUCGGUGCCCGCAGGGCAACUUUGCAGCACGACUAAUUCGAAUGUCAGUCGUAUAAUCGCAUCCUCCUUUGGAGGUAUGAUCGCCUCCCUAGCAGUGACCCCUUUGGACGUUGUAAAAAUCCGCAUGCAGGCUGCCUCGAGAAUAUCAUCCUGCGAAAAAUGUUUUCUUUACUGUAACGGUCUGAUGGAUCAUCUAUGCGCCUCCCUGAACUCUGCGUUCCACACCCAUGGCCCAUGGUACAACCACACAACGGCCUCCAGAACAGCUUGGGAGGCGCUCAGCAAAAUUGUAAAGUCUGAAGGUAUCCUGUCCCUCUGGAGUGGUCUUUCGCCAACAUCGGCCAUGGCUCUCCCACAGACCGUUAAUUUGCAUUAUGGAUGCUUCUCCUCCAAUGAUUUCGUACCUGCAGUUGUCGGAGCUCUAUCCAGGACAGUCGUUGUUUUUGCCAUUUCGCCACUUGAACUUCUGCGGACCAAACUCCAGUCACAAAAAAUGAGCUUUACCAACAUCUGCGACGUCCUGCAGUCGACUAUAAAUAGCAGUAGUUUCCGCAGCUUGUGGAUAGGGAUGGGCCCAACCUUUUUUCGCGAUGUACCCUACUCAGCCAUUUUUUGGUUAGUCGACGACUACAACAAGUACAGAUAUCUGCCUAAAGUCAUCGAAAUCACUCCUCUUUUCGAACCAAUCACUCGUCCAAUUCCGAGUUUCUCCUCGGCCUUCUUCUUUGGGGCAUGUGCUGGUUUUACCGCUGGCGUCAUAACACACCCAUUUGGCGUUGUUAAGACGCAU